ACCAUCUCACCCUCACUGCACGGUCUACGCACGCAGCAUGCCGCCGCUGCAGGCCCGCCUGGCCAGUGGCACUGCUGGCCGCUCGCCAGCGCGCAGCAAGGGCGGCUCAAGCCACUCGGAGCGCGUGCUGCGUCUCGCCAUCGACGUCGACUUCGAGGGCGCCGUGCAGGCCGCCUUUGCGCCGCGCAUCGACCUCGACACGGCCGUGCGCGAGCCGAGCCUGGCCCGGCAGGCCGCUCGUGCGCGCUCCGAUGGCGAGCCGUGGCAGCCGCCGUCGCUGAGCAGCAUGUGCAUCGAGCGGGCGGCGCGCUACUUCCCCUCGCACGUCCUGCCCGGCUCGUCAGACCCACCCAGCCGCACGGUGUCGCAGCUCGCCACGCCUCAGAAGCGCAAACGUGCCUUUGGAGCUUCUGCGUACAACGAAGAGGCGGAUGCGUCCUUCGUGCCAGACAACCUGCCGAGCGGCAGCGCUCCGCCGCGGACUCUGCGACGGGGACGGGCGGCGGCUGCUGAGCCAGCUGCUCGCUCCGCCAAACCGGUCGCACAGGAGCCGCCGCUGCCCUCUCGCGCCGACGCUGCCUUCAUCAACGCCGAGAACCGCGCCAUACUGCUUAGUCUUCCGCCGCACCACCUCUCUGCGCUCCUGAAGCAGCUCACGCUGCACCAUCCGACGCGCAUCUCGGCCCAGCUGCUCAGCCUGUUCUUCUAUCGCUGCUCCUCGCUCAGUCUCUCUUCUGCACUGCCCGCUAUCUCCGAUAGUGCCAGCUCGCUCUCGCGCGUCCUGUUGCCGCUCUGCUCGCGGGCAAAGUGGCUCACUCGUCUCGAGCUCGUCGGCUGCACGAAGCUCGAGGACAUGGCGCUGAAACGUGCGCUCGCCUCAUGCAAGGCGCUGACGGAGCUCUCGCUGGCUGGCUGUGUGCGCGUCGGCGCAGAGAGCAUCGAGGCGCUCGUCACUGCCAGUCCCACGCUGCGUAGUGUGAACGUGAGCUUCACCGAUGUUGGUGCAAACGGGCUGGAGCUGCUGCUCGGCCUCAAGGAGCUUGAGGUGCUGAAGGCGAGCGAUGUGCUGGGCUUGACUGGACCUGCUGUGCAAGCCCUGACGCGCAGAGCCGGCGAGAAGGGGCUGGCGGCGAAGCCACCGUACAUCCCGCUGCGCAAGCUGCGACAGCUUAAGCUGCGCUCUACGGCGCUGGACAACUUGGGCCUAGGCUGCUUCUUGAAGCUGUGCGGCCGGCACCUGCGCAGCCUCGACAUCUCCAACACGGACGUCGGGCCGUCGCUCGAGACGCUGUUCGCCGGCAUGAGUCUCGGCGACGCCGACAGUGCGCCGCUGCGCAAGCUCGGCCUGCGCGGACUGCGACUGACGCCGCACGAUGUGGCGGACCUCAUGGUGAAGCUCUUCUGCGCCAGUGCGCCGACGUUCACAUCUCUGCACACCUUGCUGCUCGCGGACAUGACGUGCGGCCUUGAUUCCGCCGAGAAGCUCUUGGCGCUCGGGCUCUGGACGGCAGAAGAGACGCACACGGCGCCAGAGGAGGCAAGGGCACGCAACGACGGCCACUCCUCGAUGGUGCUGAGGCCAUACGACGGCAAGUCCAAUCUCAAUCUGCCGGGCGUGGGCCUGCGCAAGUACUCGCCGCCCGGCUUCUCCUCGGACGGCUGCCACUUCAUGUCUGUCUCUGCCUUCAAGGAGCUCGAUCACCUGCAUCUGCCGCAGAUGCGUGCGCCGUGGGUCGUUCUCGGCUUCGACACGCUGCGCUCCUUCUGGGGCGUCGACGUGGGGCCGGGACGUCUGGUCAGCAGGCUGCGCACCUUCCGUGCACCCGGCGUCCGCUGGGCCGAGGCCAUCGACAUCGGCGACCUGCUUUCGCACGGCCGGCUCACGCACGUCGAUCUCUCCGGCGCACCGUUCGACUGCGAGCAAAUUGAUCGGCUGCUCGAUCUCAACCCGUUCAUGGAGUCGAUCACCCUCACGGGCUGCCGUGCCGUGCCAGUGCAAGAGCGGCGCCGCUACUUUGAGUUCUAUGAGCAGCGCAAGAAGCAUGAGUUGACGUACUGGUAGAGCGUGGCGGGCGGUGGGCGCAAGGGAGACGAGAGAUGCCACGCGGCCGAGUUUUGGCCGGCUCGACACGGAUCAGACGGAGCUUUGCACGCAUAUACAGCAAUAUACCCUCAGGAUGUAGCCUGG